UUAGAGAGAGAGAGAUGGAGCUCCUUUUCUUCUUCUUUAAUGGCGUGUUAGUAUAUUAGCAGUGUGUGUACAACUAUGUAAAAACUCCAUCUUUGCAUGCUUCACCUACUGUCGUCUCCACAGGAAAAAAGAAAACCAAAAACCCAUUACAAAAAUGGCGGAAAGCCAUAAAAAAAUCUUUAAUUUAAUUCCCCUUUUUUCCAUUUCACUAGGCCCUAGAUCUAAAACGCGUUGAUUCUCUCAAUGAUCGGGUAUUUCGAUUCUUAAAUUUCUGUUGUGAAAUUUCGUUUCUGUUGUUGUUGUUUUUCGUUGCUCUGUUUUGUAUUGUGGCUAUUGUUGUUGUGUUUGUUGUGUUUGUGGGGAGAAAGAGAGUGAAGAGAGAGAAAAAAAACAUGAAGAAUGAUGACGAGAUAGAUAUGUUAUUAGGCGAGAUCCCUCACGCAACAUCAUCACUUAAUCUUCAGGAAAUGGUCAUCAAUGCCACCACUCAGUAUCAUCACGGUUUUGCUCAUGCAUCGUGUGUGACUCAGAAAAUGAGUGCUGCUGAAGCCUCGAAGCGCAAGACUGCGUUUGCAUCAUCGAACUCCCCCAUGAGCGGCUUCUCCCUGCAACCCGGCUUGUUCUCCGGCGAUGGGAGGUCUCCUUCGGAUAUGGGAUCACUUUCCCCGCCCCAAUUCGACGAAUUCAACGUUUCUGGGGGCGGAUUGUGUUUGGAUUUGAAGAGGGGGAAUGAGGGCAGCUUAGCUGAUUUGCACAAGAGCUUUAGUGGUAUGUGCAUUAGGGAUGAGUACGGUGCUCAGUCGCGUAACGGGAGCAGCCGGAGUUUGGGGGGUUCUGAUUUAUUUAGGAAUAGUUUUAACGUCUCUGCUGCUUCGGGUGUGGGGGAAAUGGCGCACGAUCAGGGAAUGGCGAACUUGUUGGCGUCGCGGUAUUCUUCCCUUAGUCACUCUGAUAUGAGGCUUGGUUGGUCUGAUUUUGGAAGGCAAAAUGGUUUGGCUAACAACGGUUUCCCAAUGGGAUUCGUGUUGCCAAACGCACCGCCUUCUUUAGAUAGUCCGUUAGUUGGAAAUGGAAACAGUUCUCCCUUCUAUCCUCCGCAGAGCAGGAAGAGCCUGAUUGAAUCUAGUGAUUCUUUUUACUCUCUGUCGCCUCGUUAUAGUGAGGAUAGCUUGAUUCGUUUUAACGAAAGAAACAAGGUGGUGCCUCUGCGUGUGAGGGUGCCUAGAGGGAGCGUUGAGCCCUUUGGCAGGGAGGAUAGCUUGAUCAUCCAGGGGGAAGGUCUCAAUCACGCGAUUGCAAGGCAAGGCAUGAAGGGUUUCCAUCAUGAGAAUGGCGUGUGGAAGGCUCACGAGAGGAGGUCGCAGCUGGAAGACCAUCUCCGCACUGCUGAGAGUCCGAAGAUGCACUGCCCUUUCAACCGGCCGAUGAAGUUCAGCUCCCUUGCUGAAGCACAAGGAUACAUCUAUCACAUAGCCAAGGACCAGCAAGGUUGUCGGUUCUUGCAGAGGAUGUUUGAUGAUGGAAAUUCUCUGGAUGUGCAGAUCAUAUUCAACGAGAUAAUCGAUCAUGCAGUUGAGCUGAUGAUGAACCCUUUCGGAAACUAUCUUAUGCAAAAGCUGUUGGAAGUGUGCAAUGAGGAGCAGAGGAUGCACAUACUGUUUAGGGUGACUGAGGAGCCAGGGAAGCUCGUUAGGAUCUCUUUAAAUACACACGGCACUCGUGUGGUGCAGAAGCUGGUUGAAACUCUCAAGACAAAGCAGCAAAUUUCCCUAGUUAUCUCAGCCCUCGAAUCGGGAUUUCUAGCUCUGAUCAAAGAUUUAAAUGGGAAUCACGUUAUUCAGAGGUGCUUGCAAUCCUUCCCGGCUGAAGAUAGUAAGUUCAUUUUUGUUGCGGCUGCAAAGUACUGUGUUGACAUUGCAACACAUCAGCAUGGAUGCUGUGUUCUACAACGCUGCAUCAGCCAUUCGACUGGGGAGCAUCGUGAAAAUUUAGUUGCCGAGAUUUCAGAGAAUGGACUUCUGCUCUCAGAAGAUGCAUUUGGAAAUUAUGUGGUUCAGUUCAUCUUGGAGCUAAAGAUCCCAUCUGCCACAUCCAAAUUGACAUCUCAGUUUGAGGGAAACUAUGUGCACCUUUCUUCACAAAAGUUCAGCAGCCACGUCGUUGAAAAGUGUCUUUUGGUAUGUGAGGAGGUUCGGACAAACGUCAUCCAUGAACUGCUCUCUUCUUCCUGCUUCGAUCGCUUGCUUCAGGACCCACACGCAAACUACGUUAUCCAAACAGCUCUCCGUGUUUCUGAGGGAAACCUCCACAAUUCCUUGGUCGACGCCAUUGAAACUCACAAGUCAAUCUCACGUAACAGCCCCUACUCGAAGAGGAUUUUCUCGCAAAAGCUUUUGAAGAGGUGAUGCGAGUGCGACGAUGUAUAAUCAUAAUUUCUGGUAAGCACGUAUCUGUUGUUGUUCUUGGCUAGCCAUUUCCACAUGGCUCUAUAAAAUGGAAAGUUUUCCUCACUUUCCUCGGCCACACCAUUGCUCGUUUGCGUAAGAAGAGUUUAGAGAUGGAGAACCAUAUCUCUAGUGGCUCAUAUAAAUUUCUAUCUCCUAGCUCUGGCUGCAUUGUACUAUUUUGUUGUGCAUGUAGCUUCCUUCACAAUAACUACUAUUAUUUUGGGAUUUAAAUUAUUAGAUUCUUCACUCUUGCAGGGAAGAUGAAUAUUCUUUUUUUUAUAUGUACCUUAUUUUCCUCAAA